UGGAAAUAAAAUGGCCGAGAAUUUUUUCACUCGCUUUACACAACACUUUCCGUAAUAUACAAAUUUUAACACUGAAAGUACUGCUAAUAACGCGGUUCUUUAAAUAUUAAGCCGAAUAACACCAAGGCACAACAAUGCCCCUUGAAUUUGGCCCGAAAACCUGUCGGGUGUGCCUGGAUGAGAGCCCACGCCUGCAGCGCCUCGACGAGACACGCGAGGAAGGCGAGGAGACACCUAACGAAAUGCUUAUACAGUUGCUCGGAGUCUCGUACAGCAAGCUGAAUGACAAGGAAAGUAUACCAGAAGGCAUCUGCAAGACAUGCAAGGUGGAGCUCAAUAUGGCCUUUCAGUUCCGCGAAAAGGCUUUGCUGAAGCAGGCGAUCAUUGAAGACUAUUGCCGGGAGAUAGGCAUGUUUGAUGAGACGGAUGAGCUGUUCAUCAAGGAGGAGGAUAGUCAAGGUGAGAUGCAGGGUGAGGAGACACUUUACAUUCUGGAAGAGGGUGUCGACAAAACCGAAGGCGGGGACUACCUUGUGUUGGAAGAGGGCGAAGAGCUGCAAGAGCAGGAGCAUGAUCAGGAUCAGGAGCAGGAAGAGGAGCAGCAGGAGGACCAAGAGCAGGAGCUCAUACCAGAUAAUAUUGAGUAUUUGGAGGAUAAUUAUUCCAUCGAAAUGAAUCCCGAACAGAAUGAAAUUAUUCUCGAGAGCAAACCGUUCGAGGAGACGUCAACACAGCAAUUGGUCCUCACAGAGGCGGCCAAUGCCAGUCUCAAGAACAAACGUGGACGCAACCGCCGUGUAGAGGGACUUCGCGCUUCGAAUGUGAUGAAGGGCGGAUAUAUCUGCGAUAUCUGUGGCAACUACUACGAGAAGCGCGGACGUAUGAUGGAGCAUCGUCGCCGUCAUGACACUGUCUGUCAAUACCAGUGCGAAUUGUGUGACGCCGAGUUCCAUGUGCGCGAACAGCUGCGCAAACACAUGUACUCUCACACCGGUAGCAAGCCCUUCAAGUGCAGCUGGUGCAGCCGUCAAUUUUUCUAUGAGAGCGUCUUGAAGGCACACGAGAAUGUGCAUCGUGGCGUCAAGCCAUAUGUGUGCAAAGUAUGCGACAAAGCAUUUGCCUAUGCCCAUUCUCUCACCAAGCACGAGCUCAUCCAUUCGGACAUCAAAUUGUAUCGCUGCGACUAUUGCCAGAAGGAUUUCCGUCUGCUCCACCACAUGCGUCAGCACGAGGAAACAAAAUGCCAUCAGAAUGCUGUGAUGAUUGCAGAGAACUCGCGCGUGGAGAUGAUGGGCGUCGAGGUCAAGAUGAUGCACGAAGUCAAGAUGAUGCACGAGGUCAAUGAUAUGCAGACGCAAUGACGAACAAAUAGAUACUACUCCUACUAGAUCGUAUCGUACACUUAAACAAAUAUUACUCUGUAUCACCUGAAUACAAAUCCAAUUUAAUGUAUAGCAAACCCCAACUAGAACUACAGCAAUUCUAGCAAUAUAUAAUUUAUAUAUGUACUAUAUUCUUCCAAGGCAAAUGAAAAGCCGAGCAAACAAGUCGCGGGUCCUUUGGACUGGCUGAGAACUUUCACAGGCGCUUCAAAUUCCUUGCAAUAGUAGUAGAAACAUUCUCAUCUGUGCUGAAUA